AUUAGCUUAUGAUAUACUUUCGCUGAUGCCUUUGAUUUUGAUAUUCAAGGGAAUACCUGGUUACGAGAGCUAUGUGUUGACUGGCCGGUGGUUGCAGAUCGGACGAAUUUACAGACUAUUCGUGUUCUUUCAAGAUAUAAAUGAGCAUAUGCGUAAAUCACGUCGAAUAUUAUUCUUUAGUGAACAUACUAUAGCCGUUACGUUAAUACUCCACGCUGCCACUUGUAUAUGGUAUUCCUUAAACAAGUUACCAGAAAUGGAACACCCUUGGCAUAAUCUUGGAUACCCACAGCAUGUACAUUCAAGGAGCUUGAGGUUCUUUAGUUACAAAACAUGUUGGUACUACUGCACUGGUCGAUUCUUCAACGUCACGUUUGGGGAUUCAUUUCCUACGCGUGACAUGGAGAAGUGGUUGACUACAGGGUUGAUGCUCGCUGGAUAUGUAUUCUUUCGAUUUCGCUUUAUAGGCACUCUUUCAUGGGAACUUGUCCUUGAAAAUUCUAGACGAGCACACUUCGUUGAUAAGUACCAUCACAUGAUGAAGUACCUAAAGUUUAACAUGGCGCCAUCUUGGCUCGUCGAACAGUGUAAGAACUAUAAGCUUCAACUGUGGCAAAUGAAGGCGGGGAUACUGAGAUCGGACCAACUACAGAAACUGCCGCUGCCAUUACAGAUGGAACUAAUCUUCGACAUUAACGUCGGGAAUUUCCAUAACUCCAUGCUAUUUAGAGAUACUCAGGAAUCAUUCAUGCGUCAAAUUUCUCUUCUGAUGCGUCACGAGUUGUAUUUGGCUGGGCAGCAUAUCUGGAGCCAGGGUGUUGUUAAGAAUGGAAUGAUCUGCAUUAAGAGAGGCGUCAUAGAAAUGUUGUCUGACGAAGAUGAUGAGAGUCCAAUGAUUGCCUUCAAAGAUGGAACUGUACUCGGAGAGCUUAGCCUGUUCUACUCAAUCCCAUCCAAAGUUACUGUGAAAGCAGCUACUUACGUAGAACUACAGGUUUUACGAAGAACAGAUUUUAUGCGAGUAAUCGUUGAGCACCCGGCGAUGUAUGAACUGAUAAAAAAUAAAAUUGAUACAAGACUCAAGUCAGCAAAGACAAGACAGGAAGCAAUAGAAAAUUACGAUAAAGGUGACUCGAGGCUAAUUCGAACCCGCUACCGACCAAUGAAAGUGCUUAAAGACAAGUUGACUGGAGCUGAAGAGGAGGACCCUACUUUUGUGGAUGACUCUCACAUGUAUUAUAGAGACGAGAAUAAUGAACGCCAGCCAAAGUUCACUACGGAGUUCCUUGAGCUAUAUCAAAUGUCCAGUAACGUGACCACGAUAGAUGCACCUCAUAUUUGUCUAAGAUCUAACUUUCCAUGGAUAUUGAUGCCCGAUACCGACUUUACACACAUGUUUGACGUAGCUCACUUUCUAAUCAUCGUGUAUGUGUGCUUCAUGUCUCCAUACUCUGCACUCCAGAACUAUCACUCGGAUACUGAGAAGGUCCUCGGCACUAUUGUGGUCGCAGCCUUAUUGAUAAAUAUAUACAUGCAACUGACUACAGCUACUUAUGAAAAUAACGUACUAAAAGAAACGGUAAAAGAAAUAGCAGAAGUAAAAAUGGCGUCUUUUGGGUUCUACCUAGAUAUUAUAUCUGUGUUCCCUGUGUCUAUAUUCACUGAUACUAUGGACCCUCAAGGAGAGACGGUGGCUGGUCAAAUAGCUAUGCUUUUCCCGAUCCUACAAGUGUGGCAUAUAUGGCAUUAUAUAAACAAGUGGGCUAAGAAUUUUAAUAGCCAUACGAAAAUAUUGAUCUUGUUCAAAUUUUGCCUGAUAUUCGUCAUAUUUUGCUACUGGUCUGGAUGUUUUCUGUAUCUCUUUGCGUGUCCAAGGAAACUUUGCAGGGCUAACUCCUGGAUGUCGCAGUUGAUAUACUGGGAGACGAAGGUGUUCAUGACGAAUGAGGCUCGUCACGAGAGCCCUCUGAAGACGUCCUUCUUGUUCGGCACGUCAGUUUUCACUGGUACUGGCAGCUCGGAGGUUGCACCAGGAAGCCUCGACCUCUUUGUAGUGAUGUUCAUAUACGUGUUGGGAGCUUACCUAUCCUGUUUCUACACGGCAAACAUCUGUAGUAACUACCUGCUCUCUACACAAAGGAAGUUGAAAUUCAAGGAAUCCAUGCGGGAGUUGUUUUAUUUCCUCUCAGUAAAUCACGUUAGUGGAAAAAUCAAAGCGCGGGUGAAAAAGUUCUUCUGCGUGCAGUGGUAUUACAACCAUGCCGUGUCUACACAAGAAAUAUUCUCUGACAUGUCCACAAAUAUUCAACAAGACGUACUUUCAAUAGAAAUGGUCCGGACAUUGGGUUUCUGCCCUUUAUUCCAGGUAUUAAAUCGAGAUUUUCUGCAAACUGUGGCGAGUAAUACAAGAAAGUUGAUACUGCCUGACAAUGAGGUGGUACAGCAUGCUGGUGACAUAGGCCGGGACAUGUAUAUCUUGAAAAACGGUCACUGUAACUUGUUGAAUAAUCUAGGUAGGAGGCAGAUGACAAUCGGACCUGGCACUCAUUUCGGGGUCGUGGAAAUGCUCUUUGGUUUACCAAAGGUAUAUACGGUGGUGACGUCAACAAACUGCAUAUUACUGCAUGUGGAAUAUACUUCGUUGGUGCAGUGCUGGGGAACGUUCCCGGACAUUAGUCACCCCAUUAUCACGGCGUUGGCAGAUGAAAACGUUAAAAAACUAGCUGUUGCUUUCGAAGAUGCUAAGCCACUGAUCGGUCGACUGGAUGCCAAAACUAAUAGGAUCGCGCAAGAGAUAAAAGAAAGUUUCGUGCUUCUAACAACGAGGGAACAGAGAAUUCAUUACGUAAAUACAUUCAACAAGUUAGGAGUUUUGAGACACGUUAGGUACAUCUUCAUGCCAGGAUGCAUUACUCCCCAUGGAUUGUUCCUGAAGUUCUGGUGCGCUGUUCGCUUCGUUGUCGCCGUGUUUUACAUAUUCGCUGUACCGUACGAUAUUGCUUCAAAACAACACAAGAACAGUGGUGCAUACAAUUGGUGUGAUGUAAUUCUGUACAUAGACAUAGUGAUAAUGGCGUAUGUGGCAUACUAUAAUGAGAAUUCCCUUCUUGUUACACACCCAUUAUUAACAGUGUCUAGAUAUUUGAAGAACGCCUUCUUACUCGAUAUUAUCAGCAUUUUCCCAUUCGAAGAAGUUUUCCAAAUAGUAAAUGAUAAUACUGAUAUGGAUAUUUAUAGACUCAAUCGAAUGCUUUUGGUAUCUAGAGUAACCGGUGCUUUCUCGUACUGGGAGAGUGAUAUAAUGCGAACAAAUCCUGCUGUUGUACUGCUCAAGUUCCUACCGAUAGCAGUAACUAUCGUCAAUUUAGCUACCGCAUUCAUUUUGGUGAACGCCUGCGAGCCUUACCUACCUAAUGCUAAUUCGCCAUACAUAUUCGUGAAUUGCACAAAGAUUCUUAUCGUUUCUAGUAAUACGAAUGAGCCUACGCGUGCAUUCAUGGAAUACCUGUACACUUUCUAUUGGGUUUUCGAGUUAUUUGUGGGUUUGGGUUGUCCGCCUGUGAAUAUGACGAGUUCUGUAGACCUCUGGAUGAUGAUGGUUCUGCAGCUCGCUGGGUUCCUCUACUUCGCCUUCAUGUUUGGAUACGUUGCCUCCACUAGGACUGCCGCUGCGCACGCGUUAUUGGAACAUAAUGAAAAAACAAAGGAUCUAGCCAACUUUCUGUACCAAGAGAACGUGGACCCUAUGUUGACGGUGAAAACGUUGAAAUAUUUCGAAUAUGUGUGGAAACGAACCAACGGCAGUAAUCCACAGAGAAUAUGUCGUCACUUAAACUCGGCUUUGAUGGAAGACACGCUAGUGUUCAUGUACGAACGAGCACUGCGCGAGGUACCUUUGUUCGGCAAAGUCGAGAGAUCAUUCAUCAGGGUCAUCACUCAGCACCUACACGAAAUGUACUUUCUCAGGGGUGAUACUGUCAUACAAUGUAGGGAUAUACAACCCUAUAUCUUCAUUAUUUAUCGUGGCAAGGUAGAUGUUCUGACGUCAUACAAUGAAAUGAUAACGUGUAUGGGCCCAGGUGGAAUGUUCGGUAAUUUCACAGGCCAACCAAUAUCAUGUUCGGAAGUAACGAUCUAUGCGAGUCGGAGCCUUGAUUUAUUAGUUAUACCCAGUGUGACUUUCUUCAACUUGAUCAAAUAUUACCCCAAGAUUCAUGAGCCUUUGAACAAGGCUUUUGAGAUGUCUCGAGAUUAUAUCUUGCCUAUUAAUAUGGAGAAUGAUGACGACGACUCCUCCGAAGACGAAUCGACUUUUGACAUGAUGUCUAUGGAAUCAGGAGGUGAUUCGAAGAGUGGUUCCAGUAGAUUUGACUUGUCAGGGUCACUACCGAUGAGCAGCGCGUCACAGUCUAACCUGAGCCAAUCGAAGUCGUCAGCCAGUGUGUCCACGUAUCACAGUUACUCACACGCCUCUAAUCUGCUGAGGCCCGGAACGCUCAUGUUUCAGAGUUACGGCUACGUGACGUGUAUAGCAGUGACGAUACACUAUGUAGUGGGUCUGUAUGACCUGGUGACCUUGAACGAUUGUGCCAUACUAUUCUGGAUACAUGCGCUUUUGGACAUCUACUUCUAUUGCAAAGUCUAUCUUAGUAUGCAUCAGGGCUACAUAAGUAGGCACGGCGAGCUGAUACUGGACGGCUCCAAAUGUCGCCAUAGAUAUUUCAAACACAAAAUGUGGCCGUGGACAGAUCUCCUCGUUAAUUUUCCACUGGAAUUCUUCGGAUUCGGUUUCCCGAAUCCUAUCAGAGCUAUGCAUUACCUGCGUGCAACCAAGCUGCUCAGACUGAAGUAUCUGAUUGAGUUCUACCGCACCACUUCUCGAGAACUUACUAACAAUCUGACUAUGUUACAGGCGGUGAUGACUGUAAUAGGCGUGGUGAUAAUGAUACACACUUUCGCUUGUGUGUGGCUGCUCGCAAUGAUUGGCACCUCUCCUGUCGGCAUCAUACGGACCUUGAAGAUACACAUUAUUGAUACAGAGACGCCACAAAUUCGCUGGGAUUACGUCACUUCAAUUUAUGUGAUCGUGGCCCAACUGACCACAACUGGUAGUGACGAGUUUGUAGUCGACGAGAAGCUUCCAAUGAGUAUCCUGGCCGUUGUACUAGUUUGUGGGAAGAUGUUGGCGGCUAUUGUCGUGGCUGCUUCCAUCCAGCUGGCGUACUCCACCAAAUAUGCUCUGACAGCGUAUGAGAAAGCUACCAGGGAACUUAUCGACAUGUUGAAGAAUCAAGGAUUGUCUGAUUAUCAACUACAAAAGUUUUGGAAGUACAUCCAGCAGCUUUGGGUCACGGAGCGUGGGAGACAGCUGCCUCUCCUCAUAUCACAAACUCCUUACGUACGACGGUGUGACCUGAUGUCAGCUAUGUUUGGGCAUCACUUGAGGAACUGCUACAUAUUCGCUGAAACUGGGGAGUCAUUGCUACGACAGCUCACUGUUGCUCUUGAUUACACUAUAUUCUUCCCUGGAAACUACAUAGUGGUGGCAGGCGACAGCGAGGCACGCAUGUACUGGGUGGCUUCAGGAACUGUUUCAGUAGUGUCAGUGCGCGCCGACUUAACGGAGAUCACACAUGAACUGCUGGGACCUGGAGACGUUUUCGGGAUACUGCAGGGCAUGAAUAGGGGCAUCUCGCAUUGCUUCUCGUACAGAGCUGAGACUAAAGUCAGUAUCUUAACGCUGAGCCUGGACUCCUGGAUCAAUAUACUACCAUUCUUCCCCGAAGCAAAGAAGAUGAUAAUGGAAAGAUCAGAAGUAUUAUUUACGCAGAUAGGAUAAGUCCAGGAUAGAUGGUCCACUUUUUAAAAUGUAUUAUUUUAUAGCCACGCAUUCAUUGAUAACUUUGGUCUUGCGUACACGCUUACGGUCACAAGGUUCUUUAGGCAUGCGGGG